AUGUCGACGCAGUCCAUCUCGCCCGCCUCCGUGUCCGCGCAGUUCCCCUACCCUGCUACCGCCGCGGCGGCGGCCCCGUCGUACUUCCCCGUGCCCUUCCACCUCCAGACUUCGCAGUACCCCACCUGGCCGACGGUGGCCCCCGCGCAGCCGGCGCCGGCGUACAACGCCGUCUACCCCAUGCCCCAAGUCCAGCAGGCACAACAACUGUUCCAGAGAGACUCGCAGAUAAUCAGCCCUGAGGCUCUCGCCACUGUGAAGGCUGCUAUUGCAGAUAAUGACAAAGACAAGAAAGUUGAAGCAAACAAAAAGGCAGUCCCUCGAAAGGCAGCUGGGCAAUGCUGGGAGGAUCCGACGUUAGCUGACUGGCCUGAAAAUGACUUCCGUUUGUUUUGUGGUGAUCUUGGAAAUGAAGUGAAUGAUGAUGUUCUGACCAAGACUUUUUCAAAAUAUCCAUCCUUCAACAUGGCUAAGGUUAUACGGGAUAAGUCUACCGGUAAAACUAAAGGCUACGGGUUCGUUAGUUUUGCCAAUGCAUCGGAUCUUGCAGCAGCACUGAAAGACAUGAACGGUAAAUAUGUUGGAAAUCGACCAAUCAAGCUACGGAAGAGCACAUGGAAGAGUAGAAUAGACUACGAAGCUUUGCUGAAGCCGAAGACUCGGCCACAGAAGAAGCUCAAAGUGCAACCAAGAAGUGUUUUACACAAGUGA